AGAUCAUUUAAUCCAACGGCUCUAAUAAAACCCUAGCCUAAACCUUCAUGUUCCCCGUUUAUAAACAUCUUUCCAGUCUACACUCUUUCUCAACCAUUUCUCUUAAUCUCUCUCUCAAAUCGGCGAUUCAAACAGCUUUUCAAGCAGAUUCGAUUGUUUGAUUUCUCAAAAUGGGUAAAGAAAAGAUCCACAUCAGCAUCGUCGUCAUUGGACAUGUCGACUCCGGCAAGUCAACUACUACCGGACACUUGAUCUACAAGCUUGGAGGAAUCGACAAGAGAGUUAUCGAGAGGUUCGAGAAAGAAGCCGCUGAAAUGAACAAAAGGUCAUUCAAGUACGCCUGGGUUCUUGACAAACUCAAAGCCGAACGAGAACGUGGAAUCACAAUCGAUAUCGCAUUGUGGAAGUUUGAGACCACCAAGUACUACUGUACCGUUAUUGAUGCUCCUGGACAUCGUGAUUUCAUCAAGAACAUGAUUACUGGUACUUCUCAGGCUGAUUGUGCGGUUCUGAUUAUCGACUCUACCACUGGUGGGUUUGAAGCUGGUAUUUCGAAAGACGGUCAGACCCGUGAACACGCUCUACUUGCUUUCACUCUUGGUGUCAAGCAAAUGAUCUGCUGUUGUAACAAGAUGGAUGCAACAACUCCUAAGUACUCGAAGGCAAGAUACGAUGAAAUCGUGAAGGAAGUUUCUUCUUACUUGAAAAAGGUCGGUUACAACCCCGACAAAAUCCCGUUCGUUCCAAUCUCCGGUUUCGAGGGUGACAACAUGAUUGAGAGGUCGACAAACCUCGACUGGUACAAGGGCCCAACUCUUCUCGAAGCUCUUGACCAGAUCAACGAGCCAAAACGGCCAUCAGACAAACCCCUUCGUCUACCACUUCAGGACGUGUACAAGAUCGGAGGUAUUGGAACUGUGCCUGUCGGACGUGUUGAAACCGGUGUGAUCAAGCCCGGUAUGGUUGUCACCUUCGGUCCAUCUGGGUUGACCACUGAAGUCAAGUCUGUCGAGAUGCACCAUGAAGCGCUACAAGAAGCUCUCCCCGGUGACAACGUUGGGUUCAACGUCAAGAACGUUGCGGUUAAGGAUCUGAAACGUGGGUAUGUCGCAUCCAACUCCAAGGACGACCCCGCUAAGGGCGCCGCCAGUUUCACCUCACAAGUCAUCAUCAUGAACCACCCUGGUCAGAUCGGAAACGGUUACGCUCCAGUUCUCGAUUGCCACACUUCCCACAUUGCCGUCAAGUUCUCCGAGCUGUUGACCAAGAUUGACCGACGGUCCGGUAAAGAACUCGAGAAAGAGCCCAAGUUUUUGAAGAACGGAGAUGCGGGUAUGGUUAAGAUGCUUCCAACCAAGCCGAUGGUGGUCGAGACUUUCGCCGAGUACCCGCCUCUCGGUAGGUUUGCGGUUCGUGACAUGAGGCAGACGGUUGCGGUGGGUGUGAUCAAGAGUGUUGAUAAGAAGGACCCGACUGGUGCUAAGGUGACCAAGGCUGCAGCCAAGAAGGGUGCCAAGUGAAGGUGUUGGACUGAUGAAGAAGUUAUUUUAUUGGUGUUUUUGAACAAUUUUAAUUAUUAUGUUUAUUUUGGUGUUUGGUGUUGUGGCUUGCAUUGCUGUACUCUAGCCUCACUUGUGAGGAUGUGUGGAGGUAUUGAGCAACUUGUUGCUUGAUGAUAGUGGUGCAAGUUUACAGAAAGCCAGAUUUUGACUUAUUAUUGUGGUACAAGUUUUAUGUUUUUUAUGGUGUCAAGUAUUUGAACCUCUUUAUAUUUAUCGAAAUAUGGUUAUUUUAUA